UCCAUACCAACAGGAUGGCCCUUCUCGACUACCCUGUUCCAGAGCUGGAUGUUACCUUGCAAGAAGUGAGCCGUGUCCUGCAGCUCACUUUAACUCCUGACCUUUACCCAGAGUUCAAAAGUACGCUGGAUCAGCAGAAGGAGCUCCUUCAAGACGCCCAGAGAAAGUUUGCAACGAGAGCUUCAGGCCAAGAGAACUGGGUGACGGAGCAGUUCAAGAAAGGUCUGCUGUCAUGUGCUGACCCACUGCCCACCUCCACUGCCCUCCCUGUUGUUCUGUCCUCAUCUAAAGCAAAGGGAUGUACCCAGCUGGGGAGAGCAGCCUCUCUGCUCUGGGCAGCAGCAAAGCUGUACAGUGAGCCCUUGUUACUGGAGGGCAAUGUGCCAAUGGAGCGCACGCAGCAGUCUGAGGUAUUCGCUGCCAGCCGGAUUCCUGGAAGGAGUCAAGAUGAGAUUAAGGUCUACCCAGACAGCCUCCAUGCCAUCAUCACCUGUGUUGGAGGAGUGUUCCCCGUUGACAUACUGUGGCGUCCAAGCACUGGUGGGCCGCUUUCUGCUCGACCAUUCAUUGACAUCUACAACCAGCUGGCUCAGGUGAUGGAUCAACCCAGUGCAGGAAAACAGAAUGAUCCCUCUGUCAUUUGCAGCCUCUCAGCUCUGGAGCGCAGAGCCUGGGCUGCCACCAGAGAAGAGAUCCUGGAGCAGGGAGGAGAUGCAACAGCAUCACUGAAGCUGAUGGAGAGUGCCGUGCUGACACUCUGUCUGGAAGACUGCAACGCACCAUCUGAACUGGCUGAUGUCCUCAAUGCAGUGAGGCUGGGAGGAGGAGGAGACGGUCCAUGUCUGAGAUACUAUGACAAGGUGGUGAACCUGGUGGUCUUCAAGGACAGCACAGCUGGGAUGGUCUUUGAGCACAGUGCUGUUGAUGGGAUGGUUGCUGGGCAUGUCACUGAGCAUGUAGGGCAGAGAGGUCUGUAUGAUGCUUGGAUCAACUUCUCUUUGCAGCUUUCCCUGAGGCAGACUCUUGGGGAAUCUGCAACCAGGCACCUUCUUGUCACACCUACCCAUGUGCGCCACUACAAACAUGGCCGUUGUGAUCCUACAUACUCACUCACCAUGCAUUCUAUCAACUUAGUAGGUGCCUUGGCAUCCUGUGUUGCCCCAGAUAACACAAUCCAAUACACCACUGACCUCCUACGUCUGUUCCAUGUUGCCUUUCUGGAGCAUAAGAGCCUCAUCAAAAACACCAAAAGUGGUCAAGGAGUUGGUCCCCAUGUAGCCGUCCUGCGUCACUCAUUGCCAUCUGACAAUCCACUGAAGAAGUACUUGGACCCCUUUGGAUGUCCAUCUGUGUACCUCACAGGUACAGAUCUGUUGGAGAAUGUGGAGUGUGGAGUAGGUAAUGUUUAUGCCCAGGAUCAGUUGGCUGUAACCUACCUUGGGAGGACAGACAAGGUUCGCAUUGUGCUUAAUGGGAAAGGGAGCUUUGCUCUGGUACUGGAGAAGCUUAAAGAAAGCCUGAUGAUAAACCUGAAGUUAGUGAUGCUUCUAGCUCUAAGAUACGCCAUUGCAUGCCAGAUGGGAGCCCUGGAGUGUCUACUGAAUCAAGGCCAAACAGAGAAAAUGAAUGGAGAAACAAACCAAUGUCAAGAGAGCCCAGACAAUGGCAAAACUACUGUUGACCACCCCUCUGGAAUGAGCACAGACCACACUCUGGUGAUCCACGGUGGCGCUGGAGAGGAGGUGAUGCUGAACACUGAAGUGAUUGGAGUUAUUGAGUUUGCUCUACAGACAGCCUUAACUCUUGGAUCUCAAGUGCUUCAACAAGGUGGCAAGAGUCUAGAUGCAGUUCAGAGGUCAGUAGAAGCUCUGGAGGACUGCUUCCUGUUUAAUGCAGGUAAAGGCUCAGUAUUCAACAGAGAUGGCAAAAAUGAAUUGGAAGCAACCAUCGUGGAUGGCAAUGCAAUGAGGUCGGGAUCUGUUGCUUGUGUGCAAAGUGUGAAGAACCCAAUAAAAGCAGCCAGAUGUGUCAUGGAGAACAGCUCACAUUCACUCAUUGUAGGAGACGGGGCUGAGGAGUUUCUGCGAGGGUUGGAGGAGAAGGAGAAGUCUGUUGGGCCUGAGUAUUUCCACACUGAUAUACGUCACAGACAGUUAGCAGCAAAGCUCACUGUUGGAAAUACCUCAACAAACAAUCACCCCCAGACAGUCGGAGCUGUGGCCUUGGAUUGUUGGAGUGGGUUGGCUGCUGCAUCCUCCACAGGUGGGCUAGUAGGAAAGCUGAAAGGGCGAGUUGGGGACACAGCAGUAGUAGGGGCGGGAAUAUAUGCUGAUGAUAAGGUAGCUAUUACCUGCUCUGGAGAUGGAGAUGUAUUUCUGAGGCACACAGUUGCACAGAAAAUAGCCAGUCUCUACCACCACAAAGGCUACAGCCUUAAGCAGGCAUGUAGAGAAGUGAUGGCUGAAAAUCUGGAUGGGAUCUGUGCAGGGGUCAUUGCUGUGGACAGUAAAGGUGAUGCCAUCGUUGAAACAAAUGCUGGUGUAAUGUUUGUGGCCUCAAUGAUAGGCGGCAUUUCACGAGUAGAGGUCCUCAGGCCCCUGAAGAGCUUCUCUGAUGUGAUCUGGGAAACAGAUGAGCUGGUUGCCUACCUGGAUCCCAAACCCUGGAUCCCUGGGUCAACCAUCCUGACUAGAAAAGCUCUAAGCGGGGCAAGGAGCAUCUUCAAGUUGGCUACAACUGAUUUUGUGGCUAUGCUGCAAGGAGCAAGAGCUGUGUCAAGCUUGCUAAGUGAGCGACUGGGAGUGCAGCGCUGUGCUUUGGUUUUCCAUCCAACCCCUGAUCAGCCAGCACAAAUCAAACUGCUCCCACUUCAUGGCCUAGAGCCAAAGUGGCAGCCCCAUCUUUCACAUGAAGAGGAAUUCCAAACUUCCAAUCCUGGCUACUGCACCUCAAAGAGCGGCCCACGGUGGGAUGAUGAGGCACUGGCCCAGGUUCAAGCCAAGAUUAGAAAUGGACUGCCAACACCAAAUGCACCUUCUUGCUUUGACUUUUUUGGAGAUGCUUCCAAUGAUAACCUGUUCAGUCGUAUUGUACGUGGAGAGCAGCAACAGUGGAGAGUGUGGGAAGACAGUGAGCAUGUCGCCUUCCUGACACCAUACCCAAACUCUCCUGGACUAACAGUUGUGGUGCCACGCAAACCACUCUCCAGUGACAUCUUCAAACUGGAGGAAGCUGACUACAAAGCACUGAUCCUUGCCACUUGCAAAGUUGCCAAACUACUGGAGGAGGGGAUGAGAGCUCAAGGUGUUGCCCUGAUCUUCGAGGGCUUUGAGAUCGACUAUGCUCAUGCCAAGCUAAUCCCUCUGUUGCCUUCACCAGAUGGCACAAAGCCUGCUGAGCUUCAACCAGAAUGCUUCCAAACCUACCCUGGAUAUGUGUCAUCACUGCACGGCCCAGCUGCCGACCCUGAGGCCCUCAAAAAGAUCCACUCCAAAAUCACCCAGUGCAGGCCUACUCAUUCAUGGCAAGACCCUCAGUCUCACUCCACACUUGCCAUCAAGAGCCAGUGGUAUCGCAACCUGUUCCAGAUUCAGAACACUCUUUUCCACAGCACAGUGGAAUAUUUCCACACUUCCUGCCAGUUCUCCUAUGCUUUGACCCCUCUCACCACAGACACCAUCUCCUCACCAAUGGGCCUGGGAUCUGACUCAGAACCAGUUUCUGUUAGCCUGCUGGGCCAGGACAUCUACCUGGCUGACUCAAUGCAAUUUGUACUUGAAUACUUCCUUCGCUUCCAGGAGAACCUGCCAGGGACGUACUACAUAUCUCCCAGCUUCAGAGGGGAAGAUCCUGAUGCCACACACUUGAACCAGUUCUACCACGUGGAGUGUGAACUGUUGGGUGACAUGGACAAUGCCAUCUCCACAGCAGAGGGAUACUUGGCUCAUCUCACCAAGUCCAUGUUGAAGAAACACUCUGAUAUUAUCCUCAACACUGCUGGGACCAUUACACAUGUCAAAGCCAUGCUGAGUAAGCUGGAUGGAAAAACCCCACUCCCAAGAAUCCCUCUAGACCAGGCCAUUCCCAUGAUGCCCUCUGCUGACUGCUUAGAGUGGGUCCAAGAUGGACAGCCGCAGUUUGGCAGAAAGCUAACACGCAAAGGAGAGCGGGUCUUGAUAGAGAAAUAUGGUGGUGCUGUUUGGCUGACUGAGAUGGACCAUCUAGGAGUUCCCUUCUACCAGGCGUAUGUGGAGGGCACUGGGCGGUGCAAAGCCAAAGCUGCUGACCUCCUCCUGGGGCUGGGUGAGACUGUGGGUCUCGGUGAACGUCAUUCCACCCCUGAGAUGGUACAGGAGGCCCUCAGGCAUCAUGCAGUACCAGAGCAGUCCUACAAAUGGUACAUCGACAUGAGGCAAGUGAAACCACUCCUCACCAGUGGAUGGGGCAUGGGGACGGAGCGCUACUUGUGUUGGCUGCUUCAGCAUGAUGACAUCAGAGAUAUACAUAUCAUUCCUAGGAUGAAAGGAAUGAAAUACAUGCCCUGAUCUAAAGCUCUCCAGAUCUUCAGGCCAUAGUAUGUGACAUGUUG